AUGUCAGUUAGAACAGUCACUACUAAAAGGAUUUUAUCCACCGGCACCACCACUUUGAAAUCACAAUCACAAGCGGCCAACACACCACCUCGCCAUUUAGUCAAUAUUGCCCAAUUGACAACCGAUGAAUUUUCAUCAUUGAUCACCAAAGCACAGUAUUUGAAACAGGUUUACAAAACCGGUCAAGCUUCCGCCAUUGCUGAAAAUCACAACAAGUUGUUGGGCAAAUUAGUAGCACUACUUUUUUCCAAAAGAUCAACAAGGACAAGAAUCAGUACUGAAGGAGCAGCAGCUUUUUUUGGUGCACAACCAAUGUUUUUGGGUAAAGAUGAUAUUCAAUUGGGUGUUAAUGAGUCCAUGUACGAUACUACGAAAGUCAUUAGUUCAAUGACAUCAUGCAUCUUUGCUCGUGUUAAUAAACAUCUGGAUAUUGUCAACUUGUGCAAGGACUCGAGUGUCCCCAUAAUCAAUUCACUUUGUGACAAGUAUCAUCCAUUACAAGCCAUUGCUGAUUUGUUAACCAUCAAGGAGAGUUUUGGUGGAAAUACUAAAGGUUUGAAGUUGGCUUGGGUUGGUGAUGCAAAUAAUGUGAUUAAUGAUUUAGCUAUUGCUAGUUUGAAAAUGGGCAUCCAUGUUUCGAUAUCAAUUCCGGAAUCGAUUUCAAUGGAUAAAGAUGUUGAACAAGAUGCAAGGCAGAUUGCUCAACAACAAGGUGUUGAAUUUGAAAUUGUGAAUCAGCCACAACAAGCUUUACGUAAUGCCAAUAUUGUAGUUACUGAUACGUGGAUUUCCAUGGGUGAAGAACUGCAGAAGGUUGCUAAAUUGAAGCAAUUUGCUGGGUAUCAAAUUGACAUGGAGUUGAUUAAACUGAGUCAAGUUGCUCCAAAUUGGAUCUUUAUGCAUUGUUUACCUAGACAUCAGGAAGAAGUUGCUGAUGAUGUAUUCUAUAGUGACAAUUCAGUUGUUUUUGAGGAAGCUGAGAACAGAUUGUAUGCUGCCAUGGCUGUGAUUGAAGCAUUUGUGGUGAAUAAAGGGGACUUAUUAAAGUAG